AUGGACCAGAAACCAAGCCUCAAGCGAUCAGCAGAGUCAGAUCUCUCGAACGGACCUCCCGUCAAGAGAGAGCGACGGAGCAGAUAUACUGAGCGACCUGUCUGGGCCAAUCUCGAUCCUCGCAACCCUCGCGCACAGCAACCAGGAGUUGUGCCAAACGGCACGGCUGGGAAGGCUGCGAAACCUCGUCCGCAAGGUGCCACCAAUGGAGCGGCUCUGCAACAGCAGCAAGUUCCUGCCCAUGCCGCGGCUGUUCAAAUGAAUGGCAAUCGGCAGGCCGCGGGUAAUCUACCCCUGGAUACCCAGCUCAUCGCAACUCGGAAUCUGCUAGGACCAUGGGAGAAAUGCAUGUUUGGGCAGACGAAUAUGCCUUCUACUGUCAAGGCAGUCGCUGACUGGCUACACGCACAAUUUGAGAUGCUCCAAGAUGUCGGAUAUGAUCCGCGCGAGAGUGCAAUCGAGAUCGAGGGCAAGAUUGGCACCUUAUGCAAAGACAAUGGGGAGAGAUUCCAUCUGCCUGUUCGAAAUAUGGUUGUGCUCGACCCUGCUUCGCCGCAAUAUAAGAGUCUCCGGUUCGAAAGCCAGAUGGUCGACAAAGAACACAAGAACAUGAAUGAAUUCCUCAACACCAAAGUGCAGGACUCGCACAGGGAUCCGGGUCGGGAGAAGAUCAUUUACAAGCAUCUUCACGAAAUCGACUCGUUUCGAACCCUGACAGACGCAGGCAUUCGAGUGCUGCCGGAGAGCAUAUUGAGAAGGAAUAGCCGGCGUCAGCGCGACUUGAAACUGCGCACAACGACUGACAUGAAAACAAACCAAGUCACUGCGCGGAUAGUCAAAGUCAAGGUCGAUGACCUUCACGUUUACAGUCCUCAAGAUCCAUACGACAUGCGAAUCUCGAUCAAUAUCGAAUGCAACCUCGCACGACCAGACAUCGAUCCUCAAGCGAUCACGAAGAUGCCCACUCCGGACGAGCCUGUUCAGCCGGAUCGGAAGAAGGAUCGACUUUCGUACAAGCAUCUUCAGAAGUAUUCGGUCGAUCUAACACGAGUCGAUCAAGCUGGCAUGGUCCCGAAAUACGAGCUGGAGAUUGAAGUGGAUGCCAACUCUUUGAGGCAGGAGUGGAACAAGUUGAUGAAUGGACUGCCCAGCGGUUAUACGGACAUCGUGGACGGCUUCAUGGAGAACGCGCAGUGGUUGAUGAAACAGCCAAGGCAUUGA